CACACAGAACAGUUACCACCAAACCUCACUCCCGCUCACCACCCAACCAUCGCUGGCCACCGUCGCACGCCACCGUCGCACAUCGCCACCGCCGCAAAUCACCACUGCCGCUGUUGCAGAAAGAGUGAGAUCGUGGAGUGGUGGAGAUGGGAUCUGGAGCUGGAAGCUUCCUCAAGGUCGUUGCUAACAACUUCGAUGUUCUCGCUGGUCCUUGGGAGUUGAGGCUUAUACAUCAUGGCAAGGAUUAAACCUCAAGCUCUGCUACAACAAAGCAAGAAGAAGAAGGGUCCAAGUCGUAUCGGUGCCACUACAAACCCAGUUGCUAGAUGGCAUAUUUGCCAAGGUUCAAUUAACAGCAUUGCCUUUUCAACUGAUGGGACCUAUAUUGCGACUGUUGGAAGAGAUGGUUAUCUUCGUGUAUUUGACUACAAAAAUGAACAACUGAUAUGUGGUGGCAAAAGCUAUUAUGGUGCUGUAUUAUGUUGUGCUUGGAGCAUGGAUGGAAAAUACGUUUUGACUGGAGGUGAAGAUGAUCUAGUUCAAGUUUGGAGUAUGGAAGAUCGUAAGGUUGUAGCAUGGGGUGAGGGACACAACUCAUGGGUCAGUGGAGUUGCUUUCGAUUCAUAUUGGUCGUCGCCAAAUUCGAAUGGCUCAGAAGAAAAUGUUAUGUACCGAUUUGGUUCUGUUGGCCAGGACACGCAAUUGCUUUUGUGGGACAUAGAGAUGGAUGAAAUUGUUGUGCCACUGCGCCGAGCUCCUGGUGGGUCCCCCACUUACAGCACUGGAAAUCAGUCCGCUCACUGGGACAGCGCUUGCCCAGUGGGUACUCUGCAAACCGCGCCAAGCACACGAGAUGUUCCAAAACUCUCCCCACUGGUUGCACACCGUGUUCACUCCGAACCCCUCUCUGGUUUGGUAUUUACUCAGGAAUCUGUACUUACUGUCUGCCGAGAGGGACACAUCAAGAUUUGGAUGAGACCUGGAUUUUCUGAAAACCAAUCGAACAGCUCUGAUUCUGCGUUGAGCACGAGUUUGAAGGAAAAGUCAUUGCUGUUGGGAAAAGUUGGUAGUUCUAGUUACAAACCGUGAUGAAACAGUGAUUAGAAGUGAGACAUAAGCGAUCUUUCAAGAAGUCCCGUUUCUACAUGAUGUUUUGGUUGUUCCUUCCUUUUCAUCUGGUUGUUUUGCUCGGAAAUGGCAAAGCCUGCAUAGCAUGCGUG